UUGGAUUCAGUUACUUUCGAAUUUUCCCAGCGAGCGGUACACGGGGCGGAUGGUUCGCCCGAGACACAAGCAUUUGCAGCACGACACGACUAGGAAAACUCCCAAAAUAAAACACGAAAAGGCGAGACAGAACUGUGCGUGAAACAUUGUGCAGCGCGGCGAGUGCUUCUUCUGCCCAAAAUACCCAAGAAUAUGUAAAUAAAACGUUGUAAACGAAAAAACUCGGUUUCACUGUGCGGCAUUCAUAUGCAAAUCGGAUCGGUGCCGCGAACUAAGCAGCACAUAAUUUGCGAAUUAAAUCAAAACACACGUCGCUCCGUCUCGCUCUUUUGAGCCGGCUUCCUGGCAGCAACAACAAUUGCAGGACAUUAAGAGGACAGGACGCCUGGCUGAACGUUACGCGACGCGAACCGUUAACCGUUAACCGUCUACCGUUACGCUUCCGCUUUACGGCUUACGUUGCGCGCGGGUGUGUAAGAGUGUGUGAGUGGCGGGAUUUAACAAUUGGCAACGGGGCGGAUGAGCCACGCGAAGCCGCCCACGUAAUGUGUGCCGAAAUUUAAAUUUCACUCUACGAGCGCGCGGAUGACUGUGACUGUGUGUGUGUGCAAGCACAACCAUAACCAUAACCAUAAACGUAAACAAAAGGAUUAGACGUUACGUAGCCGGGAUUACGCCAGCAGUAGCGACAGACUUUUUCCGAUAGCUCCAGUUCCAGCCUCAGGUUGCAUCCGCCAGAUCGGGCCGUGCUUCAGCUUUGUUCAUCCGCAGCUUUGUUCGUGUGACAAGCGAAACUAAUGAGCAGCAAAUCGGAAACAGGAAGCAGCCACGAAAGUAAAAUUGCUUAAGUAAAUAAUCGUAACUGUGAUAACACCAAAGAAAGCAGAGCACCCGCUCCCGGAGCAGAGCAGAUCACAAGGUCCGAAACAGUUGCGUAAUUACGAGCCAUCGUCCAGUGAUUUUGCGCGCAAUAAAUGUCAACGUGGCAACAAGAAAAGUAAUCACAACUAUUUGCUAAACCCAAGCACCCAGCAAACCAGCGCACAAAAUGGCUCACCCAAGGAAAGCAGUUACGACGGCAGCAGCACUCGCUGCCACACCAGCAACACCCAGCGCGGCAGCAACAUUGCGGCAGAGCAGACGACCCUCGGCAACAGCAACAGCAACGCACUCAAGUUCAAGGCGGUCAUCGUUAAUCACAUGUUUUAUAUCCUGCCACACGUUCAGCUUGUUCUGGCUGCUCCUCCUUUUGGCCAGCGGAGCCCGGGCUGCCGGCAAGCUGGCCACUCGCAGCAACAAAACGUCGGGCUCGUCGGCAACAUCGGGAGCCGGAACAGCAGCAACUUCGGCGGCGGCGGCGGCAGCGACAGGAACACCCAUUUGGGAUCAUGCCAUCGAUUUGAAUGAGGAUUUUCGCAUACUAUGGCAAAUCAUUAAUCAGGAUAUAACAUUUGAAAUACAGGCACGUACCCUGGGCUACGUCGGCUUCGGAUUCUCGCCCGAUGGCAAUCUGGCUGGUGCCGAUAUGGCCAUCGGCUGGGUGGACAAGGGUCAAACCUAUUUUCAGGAUCGACACGUCACACGGAAUGGAGACCCCGAACCCGUGGUGGAUCCCUCGCAGGAUUAUAUGCUGAUGCUGGGCUACGAGAAUGCCACGCACACGGUCCUCCGCUUCCGACGCAAGCUGGACACAUGCGACCCCAGUCACGACAUCGCCAUAACGAACGACACGAUGCGCCUGCUGUACAUGUACCACGCCCAGGAUCCGCCGCACGGCUCGGUGCGCCCUGGCACCCUUCCGGAUCCGGCCCGCGCCUUCCGCCCCUACCGCCCCAUGGUCCUCAUGCAGCGCGCCCAGCUGCCGAUGCCCUCGCCCACGCACGACGAGCGCGUGCGAGUCCUCGAGCUGCGCAACGAGGAUGUGGAGCUGCCCGCCGGCGACCUGCCGCUCUUCUGGUGCAAGAUGUUCAAGCUGGAGGACAUCAAUCGCAAGCACCACCUGAUCCGGUACGAGCCGAUUUAUGAUUCAUCGUCCAGCGUGCACUACUUGCAGCACAUCACCCUGCACGAGUGCCAGGGAGCCCACGCGGAGCUCGAGGAGAUGGCACGCGAGCAGGGCCGCCAGUGCCUGGGCGCCCGAUCCAUCCCGCUGGCGUGCAACGCCAUCGUGGCCUCCUGGUCGCGCGGCAGCGAGGGAUUUACGUAUCCACAUGAGGCUGGCUACCCGAUCGAGUCGCGACAGGCGAAAUAUUAUUUAAUGGAGACCCAUUACAACAAUUUGAAGCCCGACUUUGCCCAAUUGCACGCCAGACAAAUGGCGGAUAAUUCGGGUUUGAAAAUCUACUUCACGCACGUCCUGCGACCCAACGAUGCUGGCAUACUGUCAAUCGGAAUGGACCCCAACUGGCGACACAUCAUCCCGCCGGGCCAGAAGCGGGUCGUAUCCGAGGGCCAGUGCAUCGAGGACUGCACCGGCUACGCCUUCCCCCAGCAGGGCAUCAACAUAUUCGCGGUGAUGAUGCGCACCCACCAGAUCGGCAAGGAGGUUAAGCUGCGCCAGAUUCGACAAACCGAGGAGCUGCCGCCAAUUGCACACGACAGCAAUAUAGAUGUUGCCUAUCAGGACUUUCGACGUUUGCCACAAUCGGUGCAUUCCAUGCCCGGGGAUAGACUCAUCGCCGAAUGCAUUUAUGACAGUUCGUCACGAAAGGCAAUUACCCUGGGUGGACUUACCAUGAAGGAAGAAAGCUGCACGGUGCUGACACUCUACUAUCCACGCCAGAAGAAGCUGACAACGUGUCACUCACUGCCGAGUCUGCCCACAGUGUUGCACUCGCUUGGCAUCGAGCAACUGGCAACCGACUCGAACCCCGUGCUUAUAUCAUCGCCACCCGAAUUGGCCGGGAUGACACUGGAGGCACGUCUGAUAUCCUACGACUGGGAAAAUCAAUUUGGCGAAUUCCAGGAGGCCACACGCAAGGGCAGCUUCAAGCCCAUCUGCUGGGGAGCCAAGAAUCAUGUGGUGCCGGGCUCCGAGUUCCUCGAGGGCUACAGCAUAAAUGUGACCAAGACCUACAAGAAGCACCGCCGGUGCAAGCCAAAGCGCCCCUUGGCCCCGCCCACCGAGCGAACCGCUCCGCCGCCCGCCUCUGACCUCAGCGAGCUGCCGGUGCUCCACGAGCUGGACAACAACAACAUCAUCGAGGGAGCGGCGCGGAGCAGUCGCAGCUCGGCGACCGACGUCCACGGGCUGAGCCGCGGGAGCGGGCGCCAGUUCAUCAGCUGCCUGCUCUGGCUGGGCGCCUCGUCCUGGUGGCUCCUCCUGAUGCUCAGGACGUGAGGGAAUUGAAGUGGACCCGGCGGCAGACAGCGCCACCAGAAGCAGCAGCAGCAGCGGCAACAGCAGCAGCGGGAAACACAGGCACCACCGUCUCAAUACUCUUAACUAACCAUACAGCUACAGAACAGAUGGAAAAUCAGUGAAAAACAAAAAUAGAGUACUGAAAUAGCGAACGCAACUCAACUACAGCUCUCUAACUACAAAUGACAUCUCUUAAUCCUACUACAGAUACAAAUAGAAGCAGAAUGAAAAUGCGCAAAAGAGGACAGCAUGAAAAAUUCAUAAUAAGCUAGCGUAUAACAGCUUUCCCCGUCGCCGUCCCCUCCCCCUCCCCCACCAUCGUACACCUGCUGGUCCCUAACGCCCAUUUAUUUAAGCUCCUCCCUCCACAGUUUUGUUGAUUUUGUUCUAGAGUUUUAGUAAAUUAUUAAUGAUUUUUUUAAGUAGUCUAAGCUGAAAAAAAAUACA